AUGCUCGGCGUGACAGUACUCGCUGUGACGAAAGUCAUCGUCGCUGUCUGCAUCGGCGCCUUCACCAGCCGCAAGAUCCCAAAUGCCUCCGUGACAGUGCGUGACUUUAGUUUCAUUAUUGCCAACGUCCUUCUGCCAUGUCUGACCUUCUACAACACCGCUGUUUCCGUUAACGCGGAGCUGCUCAUCCACUGUUCCGUUCUCUUGGUGUUCGCGCUGCUGCUGAUUGGACUCGGCCUCCUAUGCGGUUUGUUGGCGUCAAAGGUGCUCUUCCGCGUCCGGCGCACUGGCAUCCCGCACGAACUGCGUAAGUCUCUGCGCUUCACACUCUUGUACAGUGACGCAUCCGGCAUGGAGAGCAGCAGCAGCAGCAGCAGCCGAACACGGCAGUGGCGCAAGUGUGGUGUGGUGUUGCAGCCGGUUGUGUGUGUCGUGGUCAGUGGCGCGCUGGAGCAGCAGCGCGUGGAGGCGUCGGAGGUGCUGCCGCUCAUCGAGCCUCCCGGCGUCGAGUACGAGGAGCAGCCGUUCUACCACUACGCCUCCAUGCUCGCAUGCUCGCUGCAGAACGCCGUUACGCUGCCGCUCUCGCUGCUGCAGGCGCUUGCGGUGUCCCUUCCAUGGAUUGAUCUCCCAACCGGCACGUCGUACAUCUUCAUUUACAGCGUUAUUGUUAGCGCGUACUUUUGGAGUGCCGGGCCGAUGAUUGUGGCCCACGCAAAGAGCGAGACAGACAAGCGCCGCACCAUACGCGAGGUGCUGGAGGUGCACCAGAAGCUGCAGAGCCGCCGCGAUGCUGCCACGCAGACGGAGGUGCACAGAGCGGUUUCACUGGUGACGUCGCCGAACGUCCAAACCGUUCGAAUGCUGCCGCUACCAAGCCAAGCAGCCCCAUCCUUAACAAGAGCAGAAACAACCGGCACCACAACAUCUGGAGAGGCUGCACAUCUAAACGGCACGCCAGCGACACUGAAUAUUGGCGAUGCAGAUGUAGAUGCUGCUGCUGCUGCGCUCGCGCUGCGCAGCACUGGUAAGCAGACGGACUUCCAGCCGAAUCUUGACUAUACUGUCUUCGCCGCAACGUCGGCGUCAUGCGAAACGUUCCCGUACAACUGGCGGGAGCGCGGCCUCGUCCGCGUCAUGUACGAGCGCGAUUUCAAGGAUGCCGCUGCUGCGGAGAAGCAGGACACCAACCGCCUCCUCGACUUUCUGCGGGGGUGCAAGAACGUGAUAGUGCAUCUGCUGCAGACGCUGGCCUUCACGUCGGUGGUGGCGGGCGUCGUGGUGGGCCUCGUGCCGCCGCUGCGGUGGCUCCUCCUCGAGGGGCCGCUGUCGAUGCUGAUGGACUCCAUCGCGCUUAUCGCGCAGGGCUCCGUGCCGGCGUCGCUGCUGCUGCUCGGCUCCAACCUAGUUGGCACCUCCUCGCUGCACGACACGGUCCCGGAGGUGCACUUGCGUGAGGCAGAACAGAACACAGAGCUGCCGCUCAAUGACGAAGGCGUAGACCCCAGCGAGGUGGCCGCGUACAACGCGCAGCACGCGGAGAUUGAGUUCGAUGAGCACGCGUCGUUUACACUGGCGAACCUGCAGCGGGACUACGCGGAGAUGGUGGCGGCCGCCUUCAGCAGGGGUCCGACAGCAACAUCAGCGGAAGCCAUGAGAGAAGGAGGCGCCGAAGCGGUGAGGAAGGUGCCGUCUUCUACAAAUGAAGGGGUGAUGAACUACCUGCACAGUAUCUUCUCGCUCCAUGGCAUUCGCAAAAGUUUCGUGUUUGGCAUUCUUUUCAUCCGUCUGCUGUUCCUCCCCGCUGUGGGGUUCACGCUGGUGCUGACGCUGCGGAGUGUGAUGCCGGUGCUGUUUGGGGGGGACCAGAAGCAAAACGUGUUGGUGCUGGUGCUCCUCGGCGAGCUGGCGGCGCCCACUGCGAUCAACUGUACUCUGCUCUUCAACACGCAACACUACAUGCCAGGCGUGUGGGCGAAGAUGCUGUUCUUCCAGUACAUCGCCUGCACGCUCUCGUUCGUGCUGUGGUGCACAAUAUCCCUCUAUAUUUCCAGCUAA